UGUACAUGUAUGUCCAACGUCGUCACAUUGAUCGCAACUUUUCUGUUGCAGCGCACGAACAUGGAGCUGUUUGGACUCACCGCGUCGGUAACUUGGGUGCUGGUGGUCGGCGUGGUGCUCAUGUUGGCGUGGUAUGAUUGGUGGUGCCAUCAGUACUUCCAGAGACGAGGCAUCCCGGUGCCAGACUAUAUCCCCUUCUUUGGCAACAUCCUACAGUGGCGCCACGGAUUCCAAACGGUCUUCACUGAUUACGCCAAGAAAUACGGCAAGGUUGUCGGGACGUAUGACUUCCGGACACCAGUCCUGAUCAUCACCGAUCCCGAUCUCCUGAAGAAUAUCCUUGUCAAGAACUUCUCCAGUUUUUGCAACCACCGGAAAAUCCCAAUAUCCCAGCGACCACUUAAUCGGGGCUUACUUUGGCUGCAUGAUGAGGAGUGGAAGGAGAUACGUAAUGUUAUUACGCCGUCGUUCAGUGCCUCCAAAUGAAGGAUGUCUGCGAUGAUCAAUGAAUGUUGCGAUACUCUGGUGUCAAACUUUAGUAGAUCGCAGGCUGGAGGAAAGGCAGUGGAUUGUACAGAGGUGUUUGGGGCUUUUACAAUGGACGUCGUCGCCAGUUGCGGUUUUGGGGUCAAGGUUGACUCUCAACAAAACAAGGACGACCCUUUUGUCAAGUAUGCGAAGAAGGCGUUCUCAGUUACAAGGAUGAACCCAUUUGUCCUGUUACUCAGUGCUUUCCCGUUCCUGAAGCAUGUCUGUGCCUUCUUGAAAAUUAACCCGGUUCCGCCCGACGCCAUCAAGUUUUUCAUGGACGUUACGGAGACUGCGCGCGAAAUGCGAUUGGCUGAGGAGUCCAAAGCCUCAAAGCGUGUCGAUCUUCUGCAACUCAUGCUGAAAGCCCACAACGACGACGAGUUAGACCAGGAGAACACGCCUUUCUCAGAGGACAACCAGAACAGGAGUGUGGCCCCUCGAAAACCCCUCUCAACCGAAGAUGUCAUGGCUCAGUCGCUUAUCUUUUUCCUGGCUGGGUACGAGACAACCAGCACACUGCUUAGCUUCACCGCUUACCUGCUGGCCACCAACCAAGAAGCGCAGGGGAAGCUACACGCUGAGAUUGACAACCUCGCACCCACAAGAGAUAGCAUUGGCUAUGACGUCAUCGCCAAGAUGGAGUAUUUGGACAUGGUCAUUAACGAGUCAUUGCGCAUGUACCCUCCAGCCGUCGCGUUUGAUCGUGUGUGUAACGACACUGUGACUGUCAACGGCCUCACCAUUGAAAAGGGCGUGCACUUGAUUGUAAGCACCUGGACGCUUCACUAUGAUGAACAAUACUGGGAAAGUCCCUCCAAGUUCGCCCCCGAGAGGUUCAGCCCUGAGAACAAGGCUGCCAUCAAGCCGUGCACUUUUCUGCCCUUUGGCUUUGGUCCCCGUAACUGCAUAGGUAUGCGCUUUGCCUUGAUGCAAGGCAAGAUGGCGGUGGUCCGUGUGAUGCAACAGUAUCGCUUCGAUGUCAGCUCGGAGACCGAGAUUCCACCGACCCUUGGAAAAGCUGAACUCCUGUCACCCAAGAGUAUCAAGUUGAAGGUCAUACCAAGGAACUAGGUUAUCCAUCCUGUACGCCUUACAUCUGAAAUAGCGUCCAUUCAGCAACGCUGUCAUCAAAAAAUCAUACUUCAAGAUCAUCAUUGAAAAAUAUGGCUUUAACCAAGAAACCGUUAGGGAGCACAUCGAUGCCCGCAUUGUACAUAUGAAAUAGUGUGGAACGUGUCCAGUUUCAAUGAAAUCUUUCUUUCAAGUUAAGAGUAUAAGAACGUGAGAGUACUGAUGUGUCAAACUGCUUGAAGUGUUUACAGUGUCAUUAAUAACACGUGUUCUGGUAA